AUGUUUUGCACAAUCUCGCAGCGCCUGUCGCUAAGAUGCAUGUCUAUAAGACAAGAAGACACCCUACCAGACUUACCAUAUGAUUUUGAUGAACUGGAGCCAGUCAUUUCUGCUGAAAUCAAUAGAAAGGGAGAGCUUCUGGAAGCAAUCAACAAGGAUUAUUAUGGAUCAUUAGAAAAUAUGAAGAACAUUUUCUCUUCAGCAACAGUAGCAAUUCAAGGUUCAGGAUGGGGUUGGCUAUAUAAUAAGACCACGAUAAAGACUCCCCCCCCCCCCCUACCAUUACUUGGAAUUGAUGUUUGGAAGCAUGUCUACUAUGCGCAGUACAAGAAUGUCUGUGCUGAUUAUGUAAAGAAUUUGUUCAAAAUAAUCAACCGAUGGGAAGAUAUGUCAGCUACUUGUCAGAAAUUCGACAGUGGGCUCCAAAUUGAUGUCCUAAAAUAAAUAUAAUGGAUAUCUAACCAGCAGAAAAAUAUUAUGGACACGCUAUUUACUUGCUUACAACUGCGACAAAAGAUUUUCAGAUUUCGAGCAAGUGACGCUGUGGCCAUCAGGUUCAACGAACAAUUUCUUUACCACUCCGUCUUCUGCAUACAUCGAAAAACGUUUGCACCUGCUGCUGCUGGUGCCCAAAGUAUCCGCAAAAUCUUUUUCAAGGCCCAAGGCUUUCGUGAAAGCGCCGUUGCCAUCCGCUAGCAUACGAACUUUUUCACCUGCGUUGAGAUCUUUUCCCCAUGCAGCCAUUACAUAAGGAUCGUUUACGGAAAUACAAAGGAUUUCAUCGACUCCCUUGGAUUUGUACUUGCCACAAUCGGAAAUAAAAUCUGGUACAUAAUCCUGCGGACGGAAAGACGGAAUUAUUCUACAACUAAUGAACAUGUAAAUUAAAAUUUGAAUACCUUGGAGCAGCAAGGUGUGAAGGCACCGGGGACCCCGACGAUGAUUACUUUCUUACCGGCAGCUAGCUCUGAGAUGUUUACUUUCGAAUCGGGAGUAUUUUCAUGCAAAUAAACAUUUGGUAGUUUGUCUCCGCACUAUUAACAAUAACCAUUGGUUUAGCGA